GUGGGCGUAUCAGCUGACUGAGUAGGAAGGGUAGAUGUUGUACUCACCGAGUCUGACUGCGUAUUUGGGUUCGUAAUUAAAAAACAGAAAAACAUUUUAACGUUGUUUUACUAAUAAGGACGGGAAGUGUGACAAAUGGCUACAACGAUCACUACCCAACGGGGUCAGGUGUACAUUGGGGAGCUUCCCCAGGACUUCCUGCGCAUCACCCCGACCCAGCAGCAGCAGCAGGUCCAGAUGGAUGCUCAGGCUGCUCAGCAGCUUCAGUAUGGUGGUGCCUUGGGAACUGUGGGCAGACUCAGCAUCACUGUAGUACAGGCCAAGCUGGCGAAGAACUACGGUAUGACAAGGAUGGACCCAUAUUGUCGCAUCCGACUUGGCUAUGCGGUCUACGAGACGCCCACAGCUCACAAUGGUGCUAAGAACCCACGUUGGAACAAGGUCAUUCAGUGCACUGUGCCUCCUGGUGUGGACUCAUUCUACCUGGAAAUAUUCGAUGAGAGAGCCUUUUCCAUGGACGACCGCAUUGCAUGGACACACAUCACCAUUCCAGAGGGCCUACGGGAGGGUGGUGUGGUGGAUGAGUGGUACAGUCUGAGUGGAAGGCAGGGUGACGACAAAGAGGGCAUGAUCAACCUUGUCAUGUCCUUUGCCUCUGUUCCAGCCGGUAUGAUGAUGCCUCCUCAGCCCGUGGUGCUCAUGCCCACAGUCUACCAGCAGGGAGUUGGAUAUGUGCCCAUUGCAGGAAUGCCCGGUAUAUACAGCCAGGGGAUGGUGCCUAUGGCAAUGCCUGCCGUGUCUGCGCCCGCUCAGCAGGGCGCCCCCUGCAGCGAGGAGGACCUCAAGGCAUUGCAGGACAUGUUCCCCAACUUGGACAGGGAGGUUGUCCGCACUGUGUUGGAGGCCCAGCAGGGAAACAAGGACGCGGCCAUCAACUCCCUACUGCAGAUGGCUGAGGAACUGUAACAGCCUCCAAAUCACUCCCCUACUGCAGCCACCUGUACAUACUUCUACUGUAUAUGUGUACUUAUGUGUACCUGCGUCCGUGUGUUUGAUAAUAAUGUAGAUGUAUAAAUAUAGUUAUAUAUAUAUAUAUAUAUUUAAAAGGGUAUCAUUUAUUUAAUACAUGCUAAAGGAUCAUUGGAUAUGGGCUAGUGGGAGUAGGAGGAUAAGUCGUGUUGAGUGGAGGUGGUGGGGGCAGAUUUAGACAACUCAGAUUGCCACUGAACGAAACAACGGGUGCCGUCGUUCACAGCCAUUACGCAACACUGUCACCGAUGUAAUAAUGGUCUUUUCUACCACUGCAGUUGGUUUGUAUCCUGUGUAUUAUCCACUGACUCUAACCAUGUCGGGCUUCAUCACAGUCUGAGCUGAACUGUCACUAACCUGAGUGCACGGAUGCUCCCACUCUUUGUUAUGGAGUGUGUGAAUAUUGCAGUCUGCCAAAGGUUUUAUUUGCUGUGUAUUCACAUGGUCUCGAAGUAUGAUUGUGGGUGGACCCUCUUUUUAAGAGAGAUGAGUUUUUUGUGGUUGUUGGUUUCUAUGCUGGUGCACUUCACUGUGAUCAAAUUUUCUUUCUCCGCUGGAUCAGCUGACGAGACCCCUUGGAACAGAGAGAGCGGUACUGCCAUUUCUUUUCUCCUUUUUCCUCAGUUGAAUCACAAAAGCAAUAAGCACACAGGUAAUUCGGGGCUUCUUGUGCAGGUAAUGAAAAUUUAAUAAUCACCAUGUGGAGAAAGCCAAACGUAAUCUUUUUUUUUUGUUGGGGUUUGCAGGAGAAAGUACUGGAUUUUUUUGUAUGCUGUCUGUGACCCGUGUGGGUUAAUUUGCCACCAGUAACUGCGUUCACAUUCUCAGCCAUCAGCUAAUGGAAAAACUGAACUGGUUUGUUGAUUCUGCUGUUUGCCUCUUGUGGAAAAUAGUGGGGAAAAGGAUGCGUUAUUGCUGAUAUUCUGACUAUGCUCAUGCUCAAAAUGAUCAGAUUUUGUGUACCAGAGAAAGAAACUAGCUUAGGAACAAGAUGGACUGUACAACAUGUAUGCACCGAUGCCAUUGUCUUCAAGCCAGUUUUUGGAGGCUGUCAUAGACCUUUUGUGUCAGUUACAGAGGUGGUUUGCAAAAAAGGAAGAUGGCUCUAGCAUCAUUGAACUAAGAUGUAUGGGGGGGGUGGAGGUGACCAAAUCUGACCUGUAAUAUGAGAAAGGGAUCAAAUAAGUAAUUGGAAUUAAAUGUGCUUUUAUCUUGCUUUACUGUCUUUUAAAAUAUCUUGUUCUCUUUUACUUUAAAAAUCAAUUGAGCAGAUAAAGAAUAAAGGUAAAUGUUCCACCAA